AUGGCCACCUCUGGCCGCCUCAGCUUCACGGUGCGCAGCCUCUUGGAUUUACCCGAGCAGGACGCGCAGCACCUGCGGGAGCGGGAGCCGGAGCUGCGCGUCCCUGGGCCCUGCGCCCCCUGGCUGGAAGCGGAGCGCGGCCACUACCCCUCUUCCGACGAGAGCAGCCCCGAGCCCAGUCCGCCCGGCUCGUCGCAGCGGCAGAAUCUCGACUCGGACGCCGAGAAGAGGAAGAAGCGGCGGGUGCUGUUUUCCAAGGCGCAGACGCUGGAGCUGGAGCGGCGCUUCCGGCAGCAGCGCUACCUGUCGGCGCCGGAGCGGGAACAGCUGGCGCGCCUGCUGCGCCUCACGCCCACGCAGGUGAAGAUCUGGUUCCAGAACCACCGCUACAAGCUGAAGCGGGCGCGCGCGCCGGGGGCCGCCGAGACCCCCGACCUGCAGGCCGCCGCCGAGACGCGCGCCGCGCCCGGCCUGCUGCCCCGGGUGGUGGUGCCGGUGCCGGUGCUGGUGCGCGGCCGCGGCGAGGUGGGCGCGGCUCUUGCGCCCGAACCCAGCAGUGCGCCCGCCGCCAGGGCCUGCCCUCUCCCGGGCUUCUCCGCCUUCGCGCCCUGCUCCGCGCUCGGGCUCUUCCCCACCUACCAGCACUUAGCGCCCCCCGCCCUGGUCUCCUGGAACUGGUGA